GUUGAAUUUGAGGGCUGUGCGGCUUUUUCUGUUCUGGGAACUUGACAGGGCGCAUGCGCGGUGCGGUUCGCAUGCUUUCAACCCAGAGAGCGCGAGGGAAUCAACAUGUCAUCAAAGAAAAGUAAAGGGAAAGGGAAAGGCAAGAAAUCAGAGGACGAGGAAAACUGCAGCUUCGGUAAAGAGGCGGAUCUGGAGUGCUCGGGAUCUCUCGGGCUGUGUGUGACAGACUUUAUAGAGAAAGCAGAAGAAAAGACUCCGAAACGAUGCAGAUCCAUUUUGGCUCAGAUGAGUCUGAACACCAUGAAGGGUUUGACGGCUUGUAUUGGACGACCUGUCCUCAUCACCAGUCUUACAGGACGCCAGGAGGUGUGUGUAGCGUGGCCUGCAGCCCAGUUUCCUUCGAGGAAAGUGGGUCUGAUGCCUGACACUCAGUGCAUUCUGGGAGUAAAAACCGGAGAUGUGAUCACAGUGGAGCCCGUCACAGGAGCCGUACUGCAGGCAGAAGAGCUUCAGCUGAGCCUGAGGAAGGAGGAUGAGUCUCUGGGAGGCGAAGACUUUAACAGCUUCCUCCUGCAGUCGUUAGAUAGCAGGAUUCUGCUUCCCGGAAGUUUUUUCUUUGUGUCCUAUUUCGGCCGCAAGUGUGAGAUCAGUGUGACCUCUCUAAAGGGUGUAGACGGAGUCACACUCUCUUCUUCUCCUUCUUCUUCUCCUCCACUUUCUGCGUCUGUAUCUGAGCCCGAUGCUGCACCUCUGGACCUCUCUCUGCAGCUGGAUCAGCUCAGCCUCAACCCGUCCUGCAGCACGCCAAACCGAUCUUCCACCUCCACUCUUCUCGCUCCCACCACUCCAUGCCCACUGAAUGCCACACCCUCCAGCCCCAGCACCCACAUCCUGUCUGACAGCGCUCUCCCUUCUAAUCCAGAAACGCCCAAUCAGUCCACACUGUCUUCACGUUCCCAUGAAGACAGAAAAAAACAGAUGCCAUCUGCUGGCCGAAGCGGGAACGACACCUUCUAUUCUGUUUGUAGAUCAACGAGGAUCAGCUUCACUCAUGCACACAGUCAGAGCGAGGAUCAGGAGAGGUCAAAGGUCACGUACAGUAUGAUCGGAGGGUUGAGCGCGCAGCUGCAGGUGAUCAGGGAGACGAUCGAGCUGCCGCUAAAACACCCCGAGAUCUUCAAGAAUUACGGAAUCACGCCCCCUAGAGGCGUGUUACUGUAUGGCCCGCCCGGCACAGGGAAGACGAUGAUUGGACGAGCGAUAGCCAGUGAGGUUGGCGCGCACAUGACGGUCAUCAAUGGGCCUGAAAUAUUGAGCAAGUUUUAUGGGGAAACUGAGGCGCGGCUGCGUCAGAUAUUUGCUGAGGCUGCACAGAGGCAGCCAGCCAUCAUCUUUAUUGAUGAGCUGGAUGCACUGUGUCCGAAGAGAGAUGGAGCGCAGAACGAAGUGGAGAAACGAGUGGUCGCUUCACUGCUCACGCUGAUGGAUGGCAUUGGAUCUGAGAAUCACAGUGGCUCUCUGCUGGUUCUGGGGGCCACUAACAGGCCUGACGCAUUGGACCCGGCUCUGCGGCGCCCGGGUCGGUUUGAUCAGGAGCUGGAGGUGGGUGUGCCGUCAGCGCAGGGCCGACUGGAUAUCCUACACAAGCAGCUGCGCUCCUUUCCAAAUGACAUCACUGCCGAGGAGCUGCAGGAACUAGCCGAUGCGGCGCACGGAUACGUAGGAGCUGACCUAGCCGCUAUGUGCAAGGAGGCUGGGCUCCAUGCAUUGAGAAGAGUGCUCUCCUCCACUCCAGGCAUUUCUGACAACGACCUGAUGGACAGAGUGAAGGUCACGACCUCUGACUUCCGCCUGGCCAUGACUCAAGUCAAACCCAGCGCCAUGAGAGAGGUGGCCAUCGAUGUGCCGAAGGUGUGUUGGAGUGAUGUAGGGGGAAUGGACGACGUGAAGCUAAAGCUGAAGCAGGCCGUCGAGUGGCCGCUGAAGCAUGCUGAGGCGUUUUCUCGGCUCGGCGUGACGCCCCCUAAAGGUGUGCUGCUGUACGGACCGCCAGGCUGCUCCAAGACCAUGAUCGCCAAAGCGCUCGCGAACGAGAGCAAACUCAACUUCAUCGCCAUCAAGGGUCCCGAGUUACUAAGCAAAUAUGUCGGCGAGUCGGAGAGAGCUGUCAGGGAGGUUUUCCGGAAAGCGCGGGCCGUGUCUCCGUCCAUCGUCUUCUUUGACGAGAUCGACGCCCUGGCUGUGGAACGGAGCAGCUCGUCUCGAUCGAGUGGCGUGGCCGACCGCGUCCUGGCGCAGCUGCUGACGGAGAUGGACGGGAUCGAGCAACUCAAGGACGUCACUGUUCUCGCCGCCACCAACAGACCGGACAUGAUCGACAAGGCUCUCAUGCGUCCCGGACGUUUAGAUCGGAUCGUCUACGUUCCUCUCCCCGAUGGAGCCACUAGGAGAGAGAUCUUCAGUCUGCAGUUCCGUAAAAUGCCCGUUCAUCCCAGCGUGCACCUGGAGGACCUUGUGACCCGCACUGAACGCUACUCUGGAGCAGAGAUAACCGCGGUUUGUCGUGAAGCCGCACUUUUUGCCCUGCAGGAGGACAUUAAAGCCGAACACAUUACCGUCAGCCAUUUUGAAUCUGCCCUGGCAGUCAUAAAGCCUCGGGUGCCGGACUCGCUUCUUCAGUUAUACGCUGACUACCAGCGGCAGCACGGCUCUGAAUCCUUCCACUGACAUUUCUCCGUGUGUGUGUGUGUGUGUGUGUGUGCACGUGCAUUGAGACUAAGCUCUGAGUCAAUACCAAAUAACUUGAACCUUUAUUGUACCUGGGCGAAGGUACGAUAUCAGUAUGCUGAUAAAUUUCUUCUAAUACUGACUCAAUGUGUAAACGCCAGACGGAUACAACAGUACUACAUAAGCGUGGUCAUGUCUCUGUGUCUCCUGCAUUUCUGUCCUGUUUGCACGUCCGCAUAAUCAGGACAUCGGAAUAAACGCUCAGAAUCUCUUUCAUCCGUCCUCCAUUGUUGUGUGAAUAUUUGCACAGUGGAGAAGUUCUCCAGCCUCAAAUGAGUUACAGCUCCAUAAAAGUUUUACUCCGUCACAAAUCGGGAGUUUUACAGCCGUAACGCGUUUCAGCUUUAUUAAUUUAUUGCAGCCUUAAUCCUAGGAGACGACCAGAGUGGCAUUCAGGCAUUUAGGCAAGCUCUUAAAAAAUACUGCGGAUGAAAAUGAACAAAUCGCUAAAAAGCACACCCUGGAGUUGAGUGAUUUGUCGCUUUUUAUAAUUAUUCAUUUAUAGCGAAAGCACAGUGCAGCA